AUGACCAAACAGACCUCAUCCCAAGACGAAAGCGUCUCCUCCGGCAACCAGCCCGAUACCAACAGCAUCACCAGCACACCAGGCUGGCGACCCGCGCGACCCGCGCCGCCGCGAUCCCGAUCCCCUCCCCUCGACCAAUCCAACUAUCCCAACGGCGAAAAGUCCCUCGCCGGCAUAUCGCUACGCGCCUUCCUCCUAGGCACAGCGCUCGGCAUCUCAACCAGCAUCACGCUCUACCUCCUCCUUAUCUCCCCGCACCCACUGUGGCGCGUCCCCUUCUUCAUCUCCUCGCUCGCCCUCUUCCACUUCCUCGAAUACUGGGUCACAGCGCAGUACAACACCCACUACGCCUCUAUCUCAGCGUACCUCCUCUCCUCGAACGGCUGGGCCUACAACGCCGCGCACAGCUCCGCCGUCGCCGAGUGUCUGCUCUCGCACACCCUCGGCCCGCGCGAUGGAUACACUUCGCUGACCGCGUCCGUCAACGGGAUCAAGUGGCAGGUCGUCCUGGGAAUCGCGCUGAUGGUGUGUGGCCAGACGAUCCGCACGCUGGCGAUGAAGCAGGCGGGGACGAACUUCAACCAUACGGUGCAAGUCGAGCGGCAGGAGGGCCAUACCCUUGUGCGGCACGGGGUGUAUGCGGUGCUGCGGCACCCCAGCUACUUUGGGUUCUUCUGGUGGGGUAUGGGGACGCAGCUGGUGCUGGGGAAUGUGGUUUGUUUCGUUGGGUAUGCGGCUGUGUUGUGGAACUUCUUUUAUAAUCGGAUCAAGCGGGAGGAAAAAUUUUUGGUAUGUUUCUUUGGAGACGAAUACGUCGAGUACAAGAAGAAGACUUGGGUUGGCAUUCCUGGGAUCUUUUGA